AUGCCACAUAUUGCCAUGAACUGGACGGGAGGUCGGUUGCAACGUCAUUCGAACAAUCGCUCCAGCAAUCUUGCUAGAAAUCAGAAGCAGAACUUUGCAAAAUCAAGACUGAGGAGUACAAGAAGUUAUCAGCAGGCUCCAUCGCUCAUUAAAUUUGCCACUUUCGGGACAUCGCAUCAGGCAAAGUCCACUGAAGACGAGGCUCAUAGGCAUGGAUUGGCUAAACAGACUACGGUCAAUCCUUCGCAGUCGCAGCUGACUAGAGAUUCCUCCAUUUGUUCUGAGGAAAAGAAAAACUCGCAGCCAGCCGAUCGCCUAGAACAUAUCAAGCGCCAACUACUAGAGACAACAGACUGGGCUGCUGUCGGAGCUGCGCGGCCUCUCAAGAUCUCAUUCACACCAGUCGAGGAGGUCGAGCAUUUUGGUAAAAGACGAAGAUUAACAGAGGCUGACCGAACGAGAUUAGCUACCAUGGAACACAGGGCUUUGCCAUCUGAAUUUGCCAAGUCUCGCAAGACUCCUCGACAGGAUAUGUCAUCGGAUAUACUUAGGAUUGAGGAUUUAGAAAUUAAGAUCAAUGGACGGCGGUGCCAUGCUGGCGGAGGCAUUCCUAAAGAGCGUCGCGAGAACUUCUCCUCACAACCAAUGCUCCUUGAUAGAGAUGUAUCACUCUGUCCCAAUGAGGGCUCGGAUCCGUCAGUGCAGCAAUACAGUGGCGCCGACACACGGAGCGCAAGGGAAGACUCAAUUAACAGAUCACUAUAUUGUUGGGAGAAAUCAGAAGACCCUGAGUCGGCUAUACACUCUAUUAUCUCCCCACGAUCUCGUCUUUCCGAAUCCGUCAUUGCGGAUCCGGUAACAUCCAGCAGGAAUGCCAGUGGACUGAUCCAAACACCCGGGUUUCUGGGUCAGAAUUUUGGAGCAUCAAGCUCGACGGCAUUGAGGUACCAUGACAGCAACGAAGUCCAUUACUCGUCGGGGUCAGUCAUCCAAAAUCGCUUCACGAUUGACGAUCAAAUAGCCGCUGAGAAGGAGAGGUUCUCGAAUGAUGGGAUAAUGGUCAUCAUGAAAGUGAACCUGCAGCGGCAGACACGCAGUCACCAUCUGGAUGGCUUCCAGAGCCAAGGUGCAGUAUACGACGGCCAUUAA